CCACCAGUGCCGCCGCGAGCGCCGCCAAGCCCACGCGCAUGCGAAAACGACACAUAUUCGCGACGUUUUCGCAAAAUCACAAACAAACCAUUUCCCGACAAAAUCCUCUCAUAGCAAUCCGGUCUAUAAAUAACGAAAACAGGCCCGCCGCAGUGCUCUAGCGUUCCCGCGAAAUCUGUGCAAUAUCUUUUAAAACAAAUAUUAUUGUAAUGGACUAUUAUGAACUUAGAAGUAAAAUAAGGAGAGUCGAGUGCUAACCGGGCGUCUGCUACAACAGCCAAGAAAGUGAUAAGGCAUAUGUUUGAUAAAAUAAUACUAAAAACCAAUACGUCUAAAAGGAGAAUGUUCAAGGUGAAUAUAUUGUUACUAUCUCUCAAAUAUCCUGAUAGUGAUACCGAUCAUGAAAUUCGGUAUUUAUGUUUACGUUGAAGGCGUAACGAUAAACGUUAGUCACGUAUGUAAGAGUAUGCCAUUGCCUGCCGUGCAGGUUAUUAUCGCGAUAUAUUGUUAUUGCUUGUUCAAAAAAUUACAAGUGCUAAGAUUUACAUAACAAACCUGUUUACAAGUAUAGCUGUCUCCAGUUAUUUGGCUAUUCUGAGCAGGAACCGAUUGUUUCGUGUUGUGAAAAGUUAGGCGAAUAGGUCACGUGCCAGAAUUUAGAUGAAUGCCUAGUUGUUAGACUGAACUUCUAGUGAAACAAUGUGUUGUGAACUGUAAUAAAGCUGGUGCUAAAUGAAGAAAGGUCAGCAUAAUGCGCCGGUGCUCGGACAAUGAGUGAGCUGUGUCCGGCUUCGGCUCGAAAACACUUGUACUUCAUUUAGUUUUCGCUGCGUGUGAAGUGCUAAUUGGAUUGUUGGAUUGUCCGUGAAAAUGUUCCGCAACGGGCGCCUGCCGACCAACAGCAGCAUUUCAACUUCAUCAGGAAGCUCUGACCUGCAGGUGUCUGGCGCGGUUCAGCUCUCCGAUCCCGCCAAUACUGCGCAGUUGUUGGAGCACUUGCAAAAUGCUGAUCGUGCGAGAUUUUCCGACACGAGUUGGCAGAUCCACCGCAGCUGGGCGCGCAAUGGCGAUCCGCUCCCGCUGUCGCUACCGCCAGCCAGAGCGGGCCACGCGCCUCUCUCCACCGCCGGCUCUGGGGCCACACCACUACACUCCGACCAGAAUGGAAUCUAUGACACCAUUACGACUCGGGCUGUCAGCGCGCCGGCCACUCCUGCAGCUUUGACCUUCUCAAGAGAACAGAAUGGCCCCCGAUCUACUAGCUACACGGCGGGAGCAGCCGUCGCUCGGCUGGACCUUUGUUACGUGGCUGAACGUAUGCUAGCCCUGCAUCUACCAGACAGAGAUUCGCAGGCGGAGGCGCAGGCGGCGCACAUGCUCACUAAUAAACAUGGAGAUCAUUUCAUGGUGUUUGAAGUGAGCAGUGGCGAUGGGGUCGAAGGGCGGGCGCGGACGGUGUUCGGGCACGCGCGGCCGCUCGGCUGGGCCGGCGAGUUAGCACCGCCGCUGGAGAGGCUCUGUGCGGCCUGCAAGCACAUUGAGAGCUGGCUCGCUAAACAUCCCAAGAAUGUUGCUGUUUUAUUAGCUUGGGGCAACCGUGAAGGUCUAGGCGUGCUGGUGGCCGCGUAUAUGCACUAUUCCGCGAUCUGCGGUGCGCCGGAGCACGCGCUCGACCGCUUCGCCAUGCGCCGGUACCUCGACGACAGGGUGCCGGUUUUCCAUCUGCCUUCUAACAAACGAUACAUUGACACUUUUGCGGGUCUCUUGGCUGGUCAAAUCAGAGUGAAUGCUGCGCCACUUCAUCUCACACAUGUCAGCGUCGCUGGAUCACUGGCAUCACCCGCUACUCCCACCAUAGCAUUCCUUAAGAUCUACGAGAACUUUGUGUGCGUCUAUACGUCUGGUCUAUACAUGGUGAGCGGCGGAGGUUGGACUGUGGGAGUAGGAAGGCUGUCGUUACGUGGCGACGUGCUGGUCCGCGCGUACCGAAGACCGGCGCACGCGCGCGCUGCCCAGCGACACCUGGCCUUCGCGUGCCAGUUUCACACCUGCGCCGUCGCCGACCACACGUUGUCCUUCACCAAGCAGCAGCUCGACCACGCCACUCAUGAUCCGUCGUUCCCGAGCGACGGCGCCGUGGAGCUGGUGUUCGCCCGCGGGGAGGGCGCGGGCGGGGCGGCGCCCGCGCCCACGCCCGCCGCGCCGCUGCGCGCCGCGCCCGACGCGCUGGCCCGCGCCGACUCGCUCGCCCACCUGCGGCCACUCUCCGCCUUCACUGACGAUGACGCCGGUGAUAAUAACGGCAGCGCGGAGGGAUCGGGCUCGAGCGGGGAGCCCGCCGAAGCUAGUGAGGGUGGUGAGGCCGCACACACGUUUGGCCCCCUGGACGGGUCUAUCUAUGCGACCGUAGUAAGAGCUGGCGGAGGGCCCGGGUCUCCACUCAGUGCCUCCAUGGACUCUGGCAUCUCGUCGGCGGGACGGCGCGCCGCCCCCAGCCCGCCAGACGAGUUGGACGCACUGCUGGGCGACAUGCUGCGUACAGUAAGCGCACUGCCCGACCCGCCGCCGGCGCAGUCGCCCGCCGACCGAGCCUCCGAUAUACCGUACCACGCGCGCGCCGACUCCGCGCCUUUCACCUACGGAGCGCCCGGCCUCCGCCCCGGCAUGCUCCGCGCGCCCAACCGACUCGCCAGCCCGGAGCUGGUCCGACGUGCUCUGGGCGGGGACAAAAACUACAGACCCAUCGAAGAUGAUGAUGACGAACGCACCGUCACUCCUGAACCGGUGUCCCCUCGAACUCCGUUAUCACCUCGAGCUAUCCGAAAGUUGACACAUGAAGAUGUCACCGUGACGACCACUACGACGCCGCCGCCGGCGUCGCCAGGACGUAAUGGCAGAUGGUUAAACGGUGAUGCGGAAUGGAUAGAUCGGCCGCCAAGUAGUAUACGGAAAACGCCUGAAAACACGAAUUGGCGAUCAGCCAGCACAUUAGGUUGGCAGGAAUCAACCCGGCUGAAGGAACCUCGCAGAUCUGAGAGUGGGGUAGAUGGAAACUCAGGAUUGACGUGGCUGCAGAGGCAGCAACAGAAGUUGCGGGAGAGGAAAGAAGCGCGGGAAAGAGUCGCUCGACUGCCGCUCGAGUGGGAUGCGCCUUCCCGUCAUGUGAGAAGAUCGGCGAGCCAUCGGGUUGACGGUUAUACUAGCGAUACGACAGCUUUCGCCGACGAUGAUGAAGACUUCAGCGUACCUCUCCACGUCAACACGACGCGCACUGCGCUACGGAAUGAUAGUCUUAGUCCGCAAGCACCAGACAGGAGUUCAUCAAAAAAGUUCAUGUACGAGAAGAUGACUUUGAGAGAAUGGAGUACAAGUAGUACGCCUAACAGCACACCUGUUCCGGGAUUGCUGUCUCUAGCCGAACCACUCAACAACGAAUCUAUUACCCGCGAGCGAGCAGAGAGCUGGUCGCGGCAGUCGUCGCGCGCGGGCACGCCGCUGUUCCCCACGCACCCGCGCACGCCCUACCCGCCCACGCCCACGCCCAGCCUCAGCGCGCGCCCGCCUCGCUCGCCGCCUGUCACUAGAAAAGAGCGCGAAAGCAGUCCGGAAUCGGAAUACCGCACGUAUAACGGGUCGCGUCGCUCCAGCUUCAGCACUAACGCCGAACCUCACCACGUCGCGCCAGAGCGCGUGAGGUUCGCUAAAGAUACCAGCCAUUUCUGGUACAAGCCUAACAUCACAAGGGACGAUGCCGUAGCAGCAUUGCAGCCUCUAGAAGAAGGUUCAUUCAUCGUGCGGGACUCGAACUCGUUCCCUGGCGCUUUCGGCCUCGCAGUGCGUGCGGGCGGCGGGGUGCGACACUUCCUGGUGGAGCCCACGGCACGAGGAGUGCGUCUACGUGGCUGUCCCGACGAGCCCGUCUUCACGUCACUCUCGGCUUUGGUCUACCAACAUACAGUCACGCCUUUAGCUCUGCCCGUGCCAUUGAGAUUACCUGAGAGAGACCCAUGGACGGGAGGCGUGGCGAACGCGGCGGCGCGAGCGCUGCUGGCGACGGGCGCGGCGUGCCAGGUGCUGCUGCUGGGCUCCGACAACACGGAGGCGCUCACCGGCCCCGCGGCCGUCAAGCGGGCCGUCAACAACUUGUUGCUCAACAAGGGCCCAGCAUACGUGGUGAACUUCAAAGUGUUCGGCGGAGGUAUCACGCUAACGGACGCGGCGCGAAAGCUCUUCUUCAGGAGACACUACCCCGCCGCCGGCGUCUCCUACGCGGGGCUAGAUCCUGAUGGCCGCCGGUACACUUACAACGACAACGGGAAGCUCACGGAGAAGAACAUCUUCGCGUUCGUGGCGCGCGUGUCGGCGGGCGCGGACAACCAGUGCCACGUGUUCGCGGAGCUGGAGCCCGAGCAGCCCGCCACCGCCAUCGUCAACUUCGUCAACAAGGCUCUUCUUGGUAGCACACAGAAAAAGGACAUAAUAUAAUCAAAUGGCUACAAAAUAUGUAAAACAGUACAUUAAUACAAGGUGAAAAAGUGGGAAAAUAUGUUUGAUUUAAAAAUACUAGAAGAGUAGUAAGGAUACUUACAUGAAAAAUGUGUUUAACACGUAACUUUAUAAUUUAAUUGGUUCAUUUGGAGGUUACAUAAAUUACAAAUAAGCUGAAAAUUAUUCUGUAUAUUUAUUUCGAAUUGAACUUGGUCAACUCGAACAAUAAUAUUUUAUUUUUCAAAGAGUUCUAAGUCUUCAUCUUCACCAAGUACAAUUAGGUGUUAUACUGUGUUACGUUACGUUAUAUAAAAUAAUAUAAUUAUACAUUAAUAUGUAGAGUAAGGAAAGAACUAACUAGUCUCAUAUUAAUUUAAUAUAGCGUAGUGAAAUCAAGCGUGCCUAAUUUUAUAGUAAGUGACACCAAUAAGAUAUAAAUACCAAUCUCCAGUUUCAGCAUUUCAGUGAAGUCUAGGCUUUAAAGAUAAGUAGUAAUUAGAGCCAUUGCUUUAUCUACCGUACAACGAAUGAAAUAGAUAGGCACUAAUUCCAACUGACAUAAAAUACCAAAAUUAGUUUUAUAUUAAUUAAACAUCUUUAGGUACAAGUAUUUUUAGCAUACACUGCAAAUCACAAGUAUAGAAUAAAAAAUGUUCAAAAUAUGCAAUUUAUCUUAAAGGUGAUUCUAACUCGCAUUUCUAUAAAUUAACAUGAUGCAAAGUUGCUUAUAUUUAAAAAGUAGUAUAAUGUACUUUAUUUCUGUUGUAAUAAUUCAAAUACAUUGCCUGGGUAUAACUAUAGAAAUGUAUGAAAUAAAUGUUAAAUGGGUGUCUAAGUGUUGGUGUAGCGAGGUUUGCGGGUCAAAUGGAAGCCAUAAAUAUGCCUUAAACGUGAUCUAAAUACGAAUAUAUUUUAUUGUUUACAAAAUCCAGUUCAUUAUUAUACCUAAUUAUUUUAAAAAGUAACAUGUUUAUUGUAAUAACUGUUUUAAAAUGUAUUUAUUGAAUAAAUUACAUUCAUAAAAUA